AUGGCUGAUAAAGGGACUCGAAAGGGGUCCUUGGGAGCACGCCGUGCCCAAAACAAGGGUAAAACAAGAAUCAACAAAGGCAAACAGAGGCAGGAGCCUCCACCAAUACGACCCCAGGAGCAGUCAAAUCAGCAACAAGUUGGUGAACUUCCUCUUGGGUUCGUGCCCGGGCCUGCAUAUCUCCCACAGUUAUCUGGUCCGGGACAUUUGCCCGAGUACAAGCCGGUUCCAAAUGCAUCUGGUCGAAUUAGGGUUGUCCCUGAGGACCCUCCCAUGCCUAAGUUUGAACUGGAUGCAAAUAAGCCAUUCACAGAUAAGAGAAGAGUCUCGAAUCCACUACACGUUCGCAAGAGCACUGGGCCAGAGCAGAUAUUUCCAGCAAAUAUUCAAGGCUACCAAUGGGCUGUAGCCGCAGGGUAUGAUGGAUGUCUGUUGCCCAAUCCUCCACUGACAGCCAUUCUAAAAGACAAUCAUGUCUCUGAAGAUCGAGGAUCACAGUUCUCCGGUCGUGAGUUUGAGCCAAAUCAGCAUCAAUGUUACAUAAACCCCACUACAGCCGAACUCAUACACCUGGCCCAAGGACAUGCUUAUACAAAAGGGCUCAACCCAAAAAGUGUAGCCUUUCCAACUGUCAAGCUGCCAGCCUUAAGAGGGGUUGUUGUGAAGGCACCCAGAGACAGCAAAGAAGAGAGCGGGCCAGUUGUCCUUCCAGACAUAAGGAAAGCAGUGCGUUUAAUUGUGGCAACAUUGCCGCAUCUCAGCCGUGGAUUCCUUGCAGAUCAUAUCAUUAGCACCUGGAAAAAUCGUGACUGGCAUGCUAUCGGAGUCCCUAGGCCAGAAUAUACGGACUGGACCUCCAGAACUAUCAGCAGAUGCCGCAUUACUAACCGUGGCCACAGUAAUGGUUACCAGAGCUUUGGUGACUUUGCUCAGUUAGAUUUUGACUCGCCCUCUCUUGGGAAUUUCUCAAUCAUGAAGUCGAAAUAUUUCCCCGACUUUAGGAACAUGUCAGUUGUUCCCCGCGAAAGUUCAAAGCCCGAAUUCAACAUAUUUCAGCACUUGGUCAAGCAUCCUGAACUGGUCAUUAUCAUGGCAAAGUAUCUUCGAGUCCAAGAACUGCUAAUUCUCUAUUCCAUGUCGAGACCAUUUCACCAUAUUGUCCGCAAUCGUAUUACUGGAAUCAUUAUUUCCCAGGCGCAACGCCGAGCUAUGGAAUCGUCCCAGAUCUUCCCCUUCCGCUGCUUUAAUAAGCUUUGCUUCACCGAUCCCGCUAGACAGCCACACCCAGUCCGCGAAAGAGCAAUGGCAGGAGAAGUUCGUCAAGUUCCCUCGUUUAAAUGGUUAUUGAUGGUAUGCUACCGUGAAAUGGUUUGCCAUGAGAUAGUCACCAUCAUGGCAGAAGAUGGUGUGCCGGUCCCUGGUGUAUGCAGCUCUGUCCUGAAAAAGAUAUGGCUCCUAAUGGAUAUUCCGGACAACCAUCGACGCCUUGCAUUGGUUCGAAAAGGAUCCAUUUUCAGUGAUGUUGACCUUUUUUUCGCCAUGCUGCUCUUUGUCAAGUUUGAUAUGCGAUUCACGGAUCCUAUCACGGGCAAUGGAAAGGAUGGUAUGCGUCGCUUGCUCCUUGCACAGCCUAGUCUAACUGUGUUAUGGAGAGCUCUAAGACGUACAGCUCUAGUCAGUAAACUGGAUGUCAUGAAGCUCUAUGUCCGCUGGAGGUAUCACCCUCCUCAUCCUGAACUCGGCCAGACAAUUUUCGGCAUUCCGCCCAAUGAAAUUGGAAUGACACAAUAUGAGGGUUGGGGGAAGACACGAAGCAGAUAUGUACUGUUACGCCCUGAUGAACUCAUUAUAAGAGAGUCGGUUCGCCGAGGGUUGAAUCUGCAAUUCCAUUACACAGAUAUGUUUCUUUGGGGGUAUGUCAAUCCAAGAACGAGGGGUAACACUGAGAUCGAAACAUUUUCGCGUACUCUGGAUAGGCUGGAGGGGAUGGAAGAGAUACUGGUGCCUAAGGAAGAGCGGAUGAGAGCAAAAUUAGCUAUGUCAGCCGUUCACAGACGGACCUAG